AUGGUGGGUUCUACAGCGGUUGGCACCCCUCGGGGGUCGGUUGCCACGACUGGCGUCUCAACAGCGGCAGCAGGAGCUGCUGGAUGCUCGCCUGGUGCCGCUCUAAACAACAGCAGCAACGGCUACAGCAACAGCAGCUGCUGCAAUGGAGUGUCUGCAUUUAAGUCUGUUUUGCCUCUAGAAGCCUCUAUAUCGGACAUUGUGCACCGAAUAGCACAGGAAGUGCUGCAGCCAAUCCUCGUCCCGUCGCAGCAGCCCUCCCCCCCGUCGCCUUUCACAUUCACACACCUGGAUCAGCUGCAACAGAUGUUGCAGCAGCGCUGCCCAAGCAGCAGCGGCAGCAAUACAGGCACACCGAGCCGUCGCGCAGCGGGAGGCGUGGCGGCCGCAACUGCAGCUUGCCGUGGCAGCAACUCUGCAGCAGCAGCAGCAGUAGCGGCCGGGACAGCAGCGGCAGCAGGAGGCUCACGUUCUGAGGAGGCGCUGGGGGGCCUGGCUAUGGCGGUUGCUGCUGCUCUCAACACGGUGCAGCUGCUAACACCAGAAGAGAGAAUCAAAUGCCGCAUGCUGCCGCCUGAUCGUUCCUAUGAAACAAACUACAGAGAGUGGCGGGACUUCCUGCUGCGGAAGCAGCCAACUGGAGCUUCUCUGAGUUGUGUCUUUGGUCGUGGUAUGCUGCGAUCUGUGCUGCUCUGCUGCUGUUCGUCCUUGUUGCGGGACAUCAUGGGGGGCCCCUUGGGGUUUUGCUGCGCUGCUGUAUUCCACCGCCUCUGUGAUGAAGCCAGCCUCAGCAUCCCUGCAAGGCAGGCUGCGCUGCAGUCUCUAACGACUCAAGACCCUACACUGGAGUCGAUGUUGGUUUCUGAGUCGGGUUUGGGUUUCUUGAGCCGGGACUUUGGUUCUGCCCGAGAGGAGGAGUCAGGCUUAAUUUCUUUUGCAUGUCUGACGAAUGACAGACAGCCGCUGCACUCGAUGGCUUUGGUUGCAGCUAAAAAUAUAUUUUCGCGCCAGCUGCCGAAGAUGCCGCGGGAGUAUAUUGUCCGUCUCGUCUUCGACCGUAACCACUACACCUUCUGCCUCAUCAAGCAGCAGCAAAUCAUAGGCGGCUGCUGCUUCAGGCCCUACUUUAAGCAGAAGUUCGCAGAAGUUGCAUUCUUGGCGGUCACCUCCUCUGAACAAGUCAAAGGAUACGGCACAAGGCUGAUGAACCACCUGAAAGAACACGUGAAGAAAAGUGGCAUCGAAUACUUCCUCACUUACGCUGACAACUUUGCUGUGGGUUAUUUCCGUAAGCAAGGCUUUACCCAGAAGAUAUCCAUGCCUAAGGAACGGUGGUUUGGUUUUAUAAAGGACUACGAGGGGGGCACUUUAAUGGAGUGUCGCAUCUCCCCUAAAGUCGACUACCUCCGCCUCUUCUCAAUCCUCAACGACCAACAGGAGGCAGUGCAGCGGGCAAUACUUCGCCUGAAACCUCCUCGCGUCUUCCCAGGACUUACCUGCUGGCAGGAGGACCCAACUCGCGUGUUGCACCCUUCGGAAGUGCCUGGGGUGGUGGAGUUCGGAUGGACCCCGCAAGCUGCAGCAGAUGCAGCAGGGGAAGCAGCUGCAGCAGCAGCAAAGCCUCUGCACGAACAAAUCGUGCAGGUCCUCGACGUCUUAGCGCGACACCACAGCGCCUGGCCCUUCCACAAACCCGUCGCCAAAGAUGAAGCGCCGGACUACUACGAGAUUAUACAACAACCAACAGAUAUUGCAACCAUGAAGAAAAAAGCGAAAAAGAAGCAGUUCCCGAACAAGGCGGCAUUUCUUUCUGAGUUGAGUCGCAUGUUUGCAAACUGUCGGCGUUACAACGGGCCCUCCACUAUUUACUACAAAUACGCAAACGAACUCGAAAAGUUCAUUUGGCCCAAAGCCCUUCAAAUACAAGACACCCAGGAAACCGCACCAGCACAAGACAACUUGCGCCAAUGA